CCUAGAUCCGUCACUUCUUAUUAUCAUUCCCAAUGAGCACCAGCUGCGACCAGUCGUCGUCCAAUCGCGACGACCUAUUCUCGGGCCGUUGCGUGCUAGUAAACGGCCCGGUAAUCGUGGGCGCGGGCCCCUCAGGUCUCGCGGUGGCGGCAGGCCUCAAGCAAGAGGGCGUGCCGCUCGUGAUCCUGGAGCGGGCCACCUGCAUUGCCUCGCUGUGGCAGAACCGGACCUACGACCGCCUCAAGCUCCACCUGCCGAAGCAAUUCUGCGAGCUCCCCUACGCCCCUUUUCCGGCGGACUUCCCGGAAUACCCCUCGAAGCGUCAUUUCAUCGAAUACCUCGAGUCCUACGCUAGAAGGUUCCAGAUUGUUCCGCGCUUCAACGAGUCGGUUCUGUCCGCGAGCUACGACCGCGCCUGCGCGCUCUGGCGCGUCAAGACCGUCUCCGGCGGCGCCGCCGUCGAGUACAUCUGCCGCUGGCUGGUGGUGGCCAGCGGCGAGAACGCCGAGAAGGUGGUGCCGGAGUUCGAAGGGAUGCAUGAGUUCGGCGGCGGCGUGAUGCAUGCCUGCGAUUACAAGUCCGGCGAGUUUUACAGAGGGAAGAAGGUUUUAGUCGUCGGAUGCGGGAAUUCCGGCAUGGAAGUUUCGCUCGAUCUCUGCCACCACGGCGCGUAUCCAUCGAUGGUCGUCCGGAGCUCUGUUCAUGUGUUGCCUAGAGAAAUCUUGGGAAAGUCGACGUUCGAGUUGGGGGUGUUUCUGAUGAAAUGGCUGCCAGUUUGGGCAGUGGACAAGAUACUGCUUGCGGCGGCUAGGUUGAUUCUCGGAAACAUCGAGAAAUACGGGCUGAAACGGCCGCCACUUGGGCCGUUACAGCUCAAGAACAACCAGGGCAAGACGCCGGUUCUUGACAUUGGCACGUUGUCAAGAAUUCGAACCGGGGACAUCAAAAUCGUCCCGGGAAUCAAAAGAUUCUUCCAAGGAGGAGUCGAGCUCGUUGACGGUCAACUUCUUGAGAUGGAUUCUGUUAUCUUAGCUACCGGAUAUUCUAGCAACGUUCCGACAUGGCUUAAGGAAAAUGAAUUCUUUUCAAAAGAUGGGUUUCCAAACUCACCAUUUCCCAAUGGAUGGAAGGGCAAAUGUGGUUUAUAUGCAGUUGGUUUCACUAGAAGAGGGCUGUCUGGUGCAUCUGUGGAUGCUAUCAAAGUUGCAAAAGACAUCAUCAAGAUUUGGAAGACUGAAACCAAGCAGAAACAUCACUCUGUUAAAGUGCUGUAGUGAAAAAAGUGUUGUCUUUAAAGUUUUUGGUUGUUAUCAAGAAAUGAGAGACUAGCCCUCUCCAUGAAUAGUCCCAAGUCAAUUUUGUUUAUGGGGCAGUUUUGUACAAAUUAAGGAAGAUGAGGCUUUUCCCCCUUUCCUUUUUAGUGGUUAAGUUAAGGGAUUUGUACAAAGUGUUGGAUGGAAUGUUUGGGAUCAUUUCUUCUUCUUUCAA